AUGUCUGAUCUACCGCCUCCAAUAAUCUACAAACAAUGUUCCGAUCGUCGAUUCGCUUGCCAAACUGGAUAUUUUUGUGGUCCUUAUGGAUGUGCAAAACAGCGAAGAUCUCGAAUUUCAGCCGCAAAAACAAUGCAAGUUUCAGGAAAUGAGGGAGAAUUUCGAGAAUGUUGUGAAAGAAAUCAAUUACCAGAUGGUUGCUUGAAUUAUUGUAGUUAUUCAAAAUAUCCACAAAUUUCUUCACUUUUCUCAUUUCCUUCAAUUUCUUGUCCAAUUCAAACUCUUCCAAUAAUUCAUAAUUGUGCAACCCGUCAAAGAAACCAUCAAAAAUGUUGUGAAGAUACGAAAUUGAUUCCGGAAAAUUGUUUGGAAUUUUGUGCGCCUUUAAAGGAAUUAGGACAACUUGAUGUUUCAAAAAUUGAUUGUUUUAAUUAUUUGACAACUUUUCGAGAUUGUUUUUAUUAUGGUUAUUAUGGUUGA